ACAAGCGCUCCUGCAACCGAGAGCACAACCACAAGCACUCCUACAACCGAGAGCACAACCACAACUACAAGCGAUCCUACAACCGAAAGCGCAACCACAACCACAAGCGCUCCUACAACAGAGAGCGCAACCACAACUACAAGCGCUCCUAAACCCGAGAGCACAACCACAAGCGCUCCUACAACUGAGAGCACAAGUACAAGCACUCCUACAACUGAGAGUACAAUCACAACUACAAGCACUCUCACAACCGAGAGCACAACCACAAGCACUCCUACAACCGAGAGCACAACCACAAGCACUCCUACAACCGAGAGCACAACCACAACUACAAGCGCUUCAACAACUGAGAGCACAACCACAACUACAAGCGCUCCUACAACCGAGAGCACAACCACAACUACAAGCACUCCUACAACUGAGAACAUAACUACAAGCGCUCCUACAACCGAGAGCACAACCACAAUUACAAGCGCUCCUGCAACCGAGAGUACAAUCACAACUACAAGCGCUCCUACAACUGAGAGCACAACCAAAAGCACUCCUACAAUCGAGAGCACAACCACAACUACAAGCGCUUCAACAACCGAGAGCACAACUACAAGCGCUCCUACAACCAAGAGCACAACCACAAGCGCUCCUACAACCGAGAGCACAAGUACAAGCACUGCUACAACCCAGACCACAACUUCAAGCGCUCCCACAACCCAGAGCACAACUACAGCUGAGAGCACAACUACAACUAAGAACACAACUACAACUGACAGCUUCUCAACAACAAGCUCGUCCACGACC